CUGCCCCCAGCGUUGGCAGCCGAGGUCGUGAGAGAGAAGCGUCAGGACGACAAGGACCCCGCCGACGCCGACGACAAGCAGACCGCCGAGCAGCUGUGCGAGAACAGGCCACCAGAUGAAUAUUUCCGGCUCACCACUGAGGGAGACUGCCGAGAUGUAGUGAGGUGCACUAAGGCUGGUAUUAAGCAAAUCACUUGCCCGUCCGGUCUUGCGUUCGACGUUGAUAAGCAAACUUGUGACUGGAAGGGUAAAGUGACCAACUGUAACCGUUUGGACAAGCCCCGCAAAGUCCUGCCCCGCCUGAAGACGGACGAGCCCGUCUGCCCGGAGGGCAAGCUCUCCUGCGGCAACGGCGAGUGCAUCGACAAGGAGCUGUUCUGUAACGACAAGCCCGACUGCAAGGACGAGUCCGACGAGAAUGCCUGCAGCGUGGAGACCGACCCCAACCGUGCGCCCGACUGCGACCCCACCCAGUGCGUGCUCCCCGACUGCUGGUGCUCGCCCGACGGCACCCGCAUCCCCGGCAGCAUCGAGCCCAACCAGGUCCCGCAGAUGAUCACCAUCACCUUCAACGGCGCCGUCAACGUGGACAACGUCGACCUGUACGACGAGAUCUUCAACGGCCAGCGCCAGAACCCCAACAGUUGCCAGAUUAGGGGCACCUUCUUCGCCUCGCACAAGUACACCAACUACGCCGCGCUGCAGGACCUGCACCGCCGCGGUCACGAGGUGGGAGUCUUCUCGCUCACGCACAAGGACGACCCCAACUACUGGACCGGCGGCUCGUACGACGACUGGCUGGCCGAGAUGGCCGGCGCCCGCCUCGUCAUCGAGCGCUUCUCCAACAUCACGGACGGCUCCAUCAUCGGCGUGCGCGCCCCCUACCUCCGCGUCGGCGGCAACAAGCAGUUCGAGAUGAUGGCCGACCAGUUCUUCGUGUACGACGCGUCCAUCACCGCCUCCCUGGGCCGCGUGCCCAUCUGGCCCUACACGCUGUACUUCCGCAUGCCGCACAAGUGCAACGGAAACGCCCAGAACUGCCCCUCGAGGUCGCACCCCGUCUGGGAGAUGGUGAUGAACGAGCUGGACAGGCGAGACGACCCCACCUUCGACGAGUCGCUGCCCGGUUGCCACAUGGUGGACUCGUGCUCCAACAUCCAGACCGGCGACCAGUUCGCGCGCCUCCUGCGACACAACUUCAACCGCCACUACAGUACCAACCGCGCCCCUCUCGGCCUGCACUUCCACGCCUCCUGGCUCAAGAGCAAGAAGGAGUUCAAGGACGAGCUCAUCAAGUUCAUCGAGGAGAUGCUCGACAAAAACGACGUGUACUUCGUCACCAUGUUGCAGGUGAUCCAGUGGAUGCAGAACCCCACCGAGCUGACCUCGCUGAGGGACUUCGCCGAGUGGAAGGAGAAGUGCGACGUGAAGGGCCAGCCCUACUGCUCGCUGCCGAACGCCUGCCCGCUCACCACCCGGGAGCUGCCCGGCGAGACCAUCCGUCUCUUCACCUGCAUGGAGUGCCCCAACAACUACCCCUGGAUCCUCGACCCCACCGGCGACGGCUUCAACUCGAAGAAGUGAGCGGCGGGAGAGGAAUGACAAGGUGAAGGAGAACAACAAGAUUUUUUUUAAAUGGAGAAGGAAAGCAAGAAGAAAAUGAAAGAGGAGAAGACGAUGCCUCGCUGCAGACGAGGAAUGAGUGAGAAGAAGAAGAAAAAAAAUAUUUUUUUUAAAGUGAGGUAUUAGGCGCUUGAAAUGAAGAAAGUGUCGCCGACCAAGACCAGCGCGACCACCUCAUGACCGGACUGGCACGUUCCACGACGCUGCUGUGUGGCGCCAACUUUCGAACGGCCGCGGUCUCCCUCCGCCGGUCGCUGCCGGCAGCGGCGGGGGAGCGCACACAGUGUACCGCGCAGUGUGCGCACCUCAUUUAAGACGCCUUCGGUCGUCGUUGUUUUGUGAUAUCAUAGUUUUCGGACCCUCGUCGGAAACGUCAGGGCGAGAAAGUCAUCGUGUAGUUAUUAGGGAGGUAGAAACAGAAUUGUAAUUAUAUUUUUGUAAAUUUUCGAAUUUUGUGCGAGCUAGUGCGCUCUUUACCAAACAGGGCAUAGACAGUAAUUUCUAAUUUACACUUCUUUUUAAAAGACAUGUUUGUUAAUUGUUUUGAAUGUUUGUUUCGUCUUGACGAUUAGUCCCUGAAACCGCCACCGUCAUCGGGAAAAAAAAUGUCAUCAUCGCCACCAAUCAUUAUGUUAGUAUUUCCUCUGUCCUUGCGGCAUGUUACCACGUUCCCUCCUUUUGAGGGUGAAAUAAAUGUUCCGGUAGAGUCCUAGUUUGCAAACGGGAAGGCCCCGAUGACGACUAAGGGGACAGCGAGCAAUGUGGGGAAAGGAGAACAGGUCAGUCGACUAAGGGUGGAAGAGAGGGGAACGGAGGAGAAGGAGGCUCGUAGGUGAGAGGGGCAAGCGCGCUCUCAGUGUGUAGUGGCCUUUGGAAAGUGAAAGGCCGAGAGGUGGGUGGCGUGGCGGCUGGAUUGGCGGGUAGGAAUGAAAAUAACAAUUACAAUAACGGAGUUGAAAGAAGAAGACGCGGUGAGUGCGUGUCAAGUGACUCCCAUGUUUGACUUCACCGACGUCCUGUUCGAGUUUAUCCGGCGGAUGUAGUCGCGUAGCCUUUCUGAGCCGUCACGAUGUGCCCGGUUCCAACGAGAUAUAUUGCGCGCUCAGUUCCGCACCACUCCGUACUUAACUUUCUCCCACUCCCACCCCUCACCAUUGCUGUCCUCUAAGACGUCCUGUCCCAUCCUUAGGGUGAAAAAUGACUUCUCAAUACCUGACCUUAAUUAUUGUUUUUUCUAUAUGUAUUUUUUGAGUUUAUUUUAAAACUCACCAUUGUUGUGUUCGCAAGAGUACUGAUUUUACGUUUCUAUUUAAAUAAAAAAAUGUUGAUCUACUGUGUGUAAUAUUGUAAUGAUAAUGAUAAAAGUAAUAAAAAGUACAAGAAGCUCA